GGGCCGCGCCACAGAGCCCGCCGCGGGAGUGCCUCGCCUCCCGUCCCCUCCGCGGGCGGGAGCGGCGGCCCGCCCUCCCCAGCGGCAGGCUGAGGGCGAGAGGAGUGUUCCGUCCGUCCCGCGGCGGAGGGGCUGAAGGGAAGCUGAGCCCCCUCCCCGCCCCGCGGUUUUCUACCGAAGGGACGGACCUUCCUUCUUCUAACCUCUGCCUUGGCAGGAAGCGGGAUCCCCUUGCCCUCACCUCUGCCCUUUGCUCCGCCAAGCCGAGGGUGGUGGGGCUGGACCUUCUGCGAGCCCUCGGGCCUGUGAAGCUCCGGGCAUGGCUGUCGGUGGGCUCGGGAGCUCCCUGCUGCUGAUGUCCGGCGUGGUGGUGGCCGUGGGGCUGUGCAGGAGGCUGACCCGCCGCCGGCUGCGCUCCCACCCGCGCCUCUUCGCUUUCCUCGUGGAGAUGUUCAGCACCUUCCAGAUCUGCGCCUGCACGAACGAGCUCAGCCUGCUCGGCAGUGUGGAGCCGAAGCCGCACACCGCCCUCACCCUCACCUACGGCUUCACCGUCCUGCACGGCCUCACCCUGGCCGGCAGCACCUGCAAUCCCUGCGGGACCCUGCAGCCCAUGUGGGGCGGCAGGACAUCCCUCAGGAUGGGGGGACUCAAGAUUGCCGCUCAGUUCGUGGCUGCAGUGCUUGCCAGGGUGUUCAUGCACUUUAUUUGGAGUCUAGAGAUGGCAGAGCCACAUUUUGGAGCACUCUCACAGGGCUGCAGCAGCCCCAUGCAGACUACAGAGAUGCAGGCGUUCUGCAUAGAACUGCUCUUUUCUGUCGUUUUCCAGCUGGCAGUCCUGCGAUCGGAAAGUGUUAAUCCCAAAUACAGAGUCCAUUUGAUUGCUCUUCUCAUCACCAUGCUCGUGUAUGCAGGUGGAAAUCUCACAGGAGCAAUAUUUAACCCAGCACUGGCAUUUUCAUUACAUGCAGAUUGUUUCUAUGACAAAUUUUUGAGUUACUCACUAGUAUACUGGAUAGCACCAGCCUUAGGUACAAUACUUGUGGCUUUUAUAUGGGAUAAAUCUUUCCUCGGAUAUCCUGAGACAUCAAAUCCUGAAAUCUGGCAGAAGUACAUUAAAAUUAUUUUCAACAUCUGCAGACAUGAAGCUUUCAAAGAAUUGUUGACAUAGACUUCCACAUCACCUUUCAAUUGCAUUUUCAGAUUUCAUGUUUGAAGUAUUAACUUAUCACUUUGUAUUCAAAUACUAAUUUUGUAAGUGCAUAUUGGGAUUCUGGGAAUAUCUGCCACCAUUUUCAGUUAAGCCAUAUGAAUGUGAAGGACUGUUAAAAUACUGAAACUUUGUCACUUUAGCCAUAAGUGCCAUUUGCUGACCUUUAUUACAACAGCAUGCAAAACUAAUUUUAGAGAAAUACCCAGUCCUUUCGAGGUUUGAAUUUAUUGGAUUUUUUCCCAUAGAAGGCACCUGCAAAAAAGGAGCUGAAGAUCUCUUAUAUUGACAUCAUCAUAUUCCUACUUGCCAUAUAUGUAUCUCUGAGAGGAAGAGAGGCUACACUACUCCCUAGAAGAGUCUCCACAGCUCUAUUCUAGAGGCACCCUACACCAAAAUUGAAAGUCUGUAGGACCAGCAUUGUUUUAGUAAUACCUGAGUGCAGGUAAGUAACCUCUCACUUCCUGUCGGGAAGGCUCUGCUGCAUCCUGGCCCACUGUAGAUUGUCGAAUGUUUACCUUGGUUGGAAAAAGCAGUAGUAAAGUACCAUAAAAUUCUGUAGACACACAAGUAAAAGGGUACUUUAGGCAACCGCCCCUACUUUGUAUCAGAGAUUACUGCUGCCUCUUCAGAUAGACACAGUAUAUAGGGAUGAGUCAUGGGGUAUUCAAUUUGUCCUUGAUUUUAUGCAGCUUUUACCGAUUUUUUUUUU